GCAGCCAUUUUACAUCAUCAAGAGUGAAUGACUGAAGCCGGAUCAGUGCCGGGAGUUUUACACUUUUUCUGUCUUUUAAAUAUCACAUUUAUCUUCCCAAAUAAUCAACACCAUACACGUUGGUGAUCCAGCGGCAGAUUUCUGGAGACAUGGCCACAGAACAUAUUAAUGGAAAUGGUCCAGAAGAACCAAUGGACACCGCUGCUGCAGUUACCCAUUCUGAGCACUUCCAGGCUUUAUUAGAAGCUGGUUUACCACAGAAAGUUGCUGAAAAACUAGAUGAAAUUUACAUAGCAGGUUUGGUGUCGCAUAGUGAUUUAGAUGACCGAGCAAUUGAGGCUCUGAAAGAAUUCAACGAGGAAGGUGCUCUGCAAGUCCUUUUGCAAUUUAAGGACAGCGACCUCUCUCAUGUUCAGAACAAAAGUGCCUUUCUUUGUGGCGUGAUGAAGACGUACAGACAGAGAGAGAAACAAGGGACCAAAGUGUCAGAAACCAAUAAAGGACCAGAUGAAGCCAAAAUCAAAGCUUUGCUGGAGAGGACCGGCUACACGCUUGAUGUAACAACAGGCCAGAGGAAGUAUGGAGGUCCCCCACCAGAGUCCGCUCACUCAGGGCCACAGCCCACCGUCGGUACUGAGAUAUUUGUAGGCAAAAUCCCCAGAGACCUCUUUGAGGAUGAGCUGGUUCCGCUGUUUGAGAAAGCUGGCCCCAUCUGGGAUUUGCGCCUGAUGAUGGAUCCUCUCAGUGGCCUGAACAGAGGCUACGCCUUUGUCACUUUCUGCACUAAAGAUGCUGCACAGCAGGCGGUCAAAUUGUGCAACAACAAUGAAAUUCGACCGGGUAAACACAUCGGCGUGUGCAUCUCCGUGGCCAAUAAUAGACUGUUUGUUGGCUCUAUUCCCAAGAGUAAAACAAAAGAGCAGAUAGUUGAAGAAUUCGCUAAAGUCACAGAAGGUCUAAAUGAUGUCAUAUUGUACCACCAGCCAGAUGACAAAAAGAAGAAUAGAGGCUUUUGCUUCCUUGAGUAUGAAGACCACAAGACGGCAGCUCAGGCCCGUCGCCGGCUGAUGAGCGGAAAGGUGAAGGUGUGGGGAAAUGUGGUCACCGUGGAGUGGGCUGACCCCAUUGAGGACCCAGACCCAGAGGUCAUGGCCAAGGUCAAAGUGCUGUUUGUGAGGAACUUGGCAAGCACCGUCACAGAAGAGAUACUCGAAAAGGCCUUCAGUCUGUUUGGCAAGCUGGAGCGGGUGAAGAAAUUGAAAGACUAUGCCUUCAUCCACUUUGAGGAAAGAGAUGGCGCCGUGAAGGCUUUGGCUGAUCUCAAUGGCAAAGACCUCGAGGGAGAGCACAUUGAAAUAGUCUUCGCCAAGCCCCCUGACCAAAAGAGGAAGGAGCGCAAAGCCCAGAGACAAGCCGCUAAAACACACAUGUAUGAUGAAUACUAUUAUUACGGGCCUCCCCACAUGCCCCCACCCACGAGAGGCCGAGGCAGAGGCGGGAGGGGAGGUUAUUCUUACCCUCCUGACUAUUACGGCUACGAAGACUAUUACGAUUACUAUGGAUACGACUACCAUAACUACCGGGGCGGUUACGAUGACCCGUACUACGGGUAUGAUGACUUCCAGGGGUCUGGGAGAGUACGAGGGGCAAGGGGAGGAGUCCGCGGUGGUGCCAGUCAGACCAGGGGCCGCGGUGGUGUCACACCAAGGGGCAGAGUGGGUUUCUCCCAGCGAGGAGGCCCUGGAACAAGCAGAGCAGGAAAACGGGGCCGAGGGCGGUCCUGACCUGUCACAGUGGAUACUGACUUGAUGUGUGGGGUUACACCGUAGCUGCGAUGGAUGUUGAAACAAAAGAGCACGACAAAAAGGUCCAAUGAUAUUCCAGCCUUACAGAAGAAGCAUCUUUCCUCCCCCAUGUUUUUUUUCUUCCUUUGUUCCUAAAACUGCCACCUUAAAAAGAUGACUGGAGGAUCUAAAUACUCUCCACAGCCUCUUUGCCCCAAGCCCCUGUACCCAGCCCUGGUUUACAGGGUACCAUGUAUUGCCCUUACAAUCUACCCCUUCCCUGUCCCUGAACAUGCCAUUUUUAAAUAAUUAUUGAAAAAAUUGCACUUUUUUAAGUUCUUGGGUUUGAAGUGGCUCAAAGGAGCUUGAUGCUAUUGUAUAUUUUUGUGCUAAUCGCAAUUUUUAUUGUCUGAAUAUCCAUGUUCUUAAUCGUUUGAUCUGGAUGUUUGACAGAACAUUUGCAGGUUUUUAGGGUGUACCCACCUGGCAUGGAUAAGUCAGGCAUUCCAGGAAAGUGGUUCUUUUCAGAACUUGUCUUUAAAGGGUUGGUUGACUACCUCAGUACAGAGGUCUAAACUACCCGGCCUGUACUGUAAAUAGGGAAACUAUAUUGAUGAAAGCAGGGCUUGUUUUCAUACAAAAUAUGCACAAGAGCUGCAGCGCAAAAACAAUGUACUUAAUGUAAUAUAGUCAUUUCAGCUUCAGCUCUGACACUGCAAACAGUCAAACUGGGCAUGCAAAACAAUCUCAUAUGAUGAGUCUGAACAAGCCCUGCUUUUAUCCUAUUUUGAACUGAAUUAGCUGCCUUGCUUCUUCAGCGUAUGUAGUUACUGGUUGUAUAGUUUUUCGGAUAAAAUGUUACUUUUGUAAAGGCUUCAACAUCACAGGCAUCCAACUGCCUUUGAUUAAAAAAAUAAACAAAAUAAAGCCCUGCAGUGUCCCUUUUGUGCCACUGUAUUAUUCCAGUGGGUUUGGUUUUAUAUUGAUACCAAUGGAUUUUCAAACAUCAGAAUCAUGUAAAACAAACUAAUCCAAUAUCCCAUCAUAUUAGAUCAUGUUAACCUUAAAUGAUCCCUUUCCAUUUCUUAAAAACAGCAACUUUGCAAAAACAUAUUUCGAGUUAUCUUGACGGAUGACUGAACUUCCAUAUUGCCCAGUGAGCAUGUGUGCCUCUCGUUGGCUGUUGUGAUUGGUGAGGGAUCAUAGUCACAUAGUGGUAGAAGGGAUACUGCAGUGAAGGACUUACUUACCCGGUAAAGCAAAAAGAAAACUGCUCGUCAAUCCCAGUUUUCUACAGUUAACUCCCUCAAUAAAAUCAUCAUAACCACCUUUUGAAAAAAAGAUGUUAGCAGUUUUAAACUAUUGUUGGUGGCCAACAACGUUUUUUGCAUUCCUGCAAAUAAAUUGUUUUAUACUGUAAAAUGGAGGUGAGUGUAACUUAUUUUUGUAAUAAAGUUUUUGAUUUCUA